UUAAUUCAAUUUCGAACUGAGUGAAACUGCCGAGCAUAAAAGGAGACACGGAAGUGAGAAAUACGCCGCAACCCAAGUUUAAAAUCUACAGUUGCACAAAUCCAUACAUAUAUUUACAAAUACACAACCGUAGACAUAUUGACAGUUUAGUCGGUAGACACAUUUGCCAAGGGUUACAAAAGGCAAAGACAACAUUUGUGGCAAAUUCGUUAAAAUUAUUUGCAUAAUUCUGACACACUGCUCGGCUAAAUAGAAAUCGCACGCCCACAACUAAGUACGUACAAUUUACAAUUACGAGCGCAUAAAAACAAGGAGAAGCGUAAAGCCACCAACAAAAUCAACCAAGGCAACAGGAUUCUAUAAACGUUGGCUCCGAAGUUGAAUAGGCGCUACACGGAAAGGCGGCAUUCAUUGACUAUAUAAGGCAACUGGAGAAUGACAUAGAACCAGUCAUUAUUUACAUACAUAUCUCCGAUGCUGCUUAGAUGCCAACCAUAUCUCGAAUUACAUAACUACACACACUGAUAAGCGCUGGAUUUAAAGGACUCUUACAAGUAGCAGCUUAAGCAUUUUAGAAAAUCGAAUUAAUUUACUACCAGCAACAAACACAAUGCGGCUGUUAAUCUUCAUCUUAGCCUGUUUGGUACCCUCUAUUAAGGCAUAUCACGUAUCAGCCGCAUCAGCGGGAGUUUCUUUCAUCAACGAAAAUGAUCUAGAUCGAGUGCCACAGUCAACCAACACACAGAAUGCGGCAUCGAAAACGUUGCGAAAUCGUCGAAUGUACGCUAUGUGUCCGCCUCACUUUCAAAGAGUCGGUACCGAAUGUUAUUCGAUCCUGCCACAGUCCAGCAGCUGGUUAGAGGCGCACUUUUUCUGCAAGGACAAAAAUGCAAAAUUGGCAGAACCACAAAAGAAUGCCGAUCGCAAAUUGCGUAACUUCCUCAAGCACUACGAUGCUGAGCGGCUAUUUGCAGUAAAUGAACCCAUUUGGAUUGGCGCUACUUACGAUUGGCAAAGUAAUGUAUGGCAGUGGAGUAUUAGUGGCAAAAACUUAACCUAUGACGCAUUCAGUCGGAUGGAACCUGAGAUCAGGCAGAAUUUGGAAAACCAUUGCGCUGUGUAUGACCCAAAUCUGGAUUACAGGUGGUCUGCACGUCCUUGUCCGGACAAAUUCCGCUUCAUUUGUCAACAUAAAAUGCCGAAAGUCAGUGAGAAGAAUCGUCACAAAGUCUACAAUCGUUGGAAUGCCACCUACCCACAUGAAUUCGCGAAUGAAGUUAUAUUGGAGGUGAUGGAUCAACCCGGCAAAAACGGACCCAGGUCGAAUGUUAUCGUCAAAGCCGUCGGCAGCGAGGAACAGAUCGUUAUCCCCAAAACCCGCACUCAACGUCAAGGUGGAAAUCGCGGACGCGGACGUGGUCGCCCUCACGACUUGCGGCGCCGCCCCCAAAACACCCAAACUAGACCGAGUGUUCAUCCAAACGAAAUCGAUUCUGAAUCGACCGACAAAUCGACACCCACUUCAUUAACAACGGCAGUACGUUAUAACGAAAUACCCGCUCCCACGACAACGGCUCCAGUUACAGGACCACGCCGGCAUAGCCAUCCACGAACGCCCCAUGACCGCACCGUGUGGCGGCAACGACAGAAGGAGAUGCGUCGGCUGCAACGUAAAAAAGAGCGAAGUCAACACAUGCAACAGGAAAAGGAACGACGUCUGAUCGAGCAACGUCAACGCAUACGAGAAAAUCAGUUGCGUAUGCAGCAGCAACGCGAACGUGAGCAGCAAGUACAAGAUCAAGAGCAACAGGACCAGCAACAAAAAUCACAUGAACAGCCAGAGCAACCGGAACAGUCCAACCGCGAAGUAGAUGAACUGCGCCAGCGCGCCGACCAAGAACGUCAACGCCAGCAACAGCAGCAACAGGCAGAGGCCGAAGCCAAGCGACGCGAACACGAGGAAAGCCAGCGCGAAUUGAAGGCACUGAAAGAAGAGCAGAAAAGGCGUGAGGAAGAGUAUAGUAGCGCCGAGCGCAUACGCCAGGAACGUAUAAGUCGCCAGCGCGAACGCGAACAGCAGGAACGCAAAGAGCGAGAGGAAGCGCAGCGCAAGGCCGAAGAAGAACGCGCCAAGGACGAGGCAAAGCGGGAACAAGAACGUUUGGAGAAGGAGAAGCAGCAACGGGAGGAAUACGAAGAACGCUUGAAACAGGCAGAGGACGAUCGUGAACGACAGCUGCAUGAGCAACAGGAACGAAAGCGCCAGGAAGACGAAUACAACCGUAGGCGAUUAGAAGAAGAGGAAAAACAACGUCAAGAGGAAAUCAAGCGAGAGCAAGAAGAGGAAGAGAAGCGGCUGGAGCUGCAGCGACUCGAAGAAGCGCGUAAGCUAGAGAAACAAGAGCUGGAGCGUCUUGAGGAGGAGAAUCGCCGCCGGGAAGAACUGCUGCGCCAACGGGAAGAAGAGAUCGCGCGGCGCGAGGAAGAACAACGGAAAUUCGAAGAGGAAGAGGAGCGCUUAAAGAAGGAGCUCGAAGAAGCGGAAAGACGACGCAAAGAAGAACACGAAGCCCAGAUCAAGCAGGAGGAAGAAGCACUCAAGGCACAAGAGGAGGCCGAACGAAGAGCAGCGGAAGAGCAGGAACGUCAACGACAAGAACGAUUUGAAGCGCUGAAAAAGCAAGAAGACGAGCGUGUGCGACAAGAGCUACAAGAAAAGAAACGCAAGUAUGCAGAGCGACUCUCACGCCUCUCACCCGAGGACCAACGCAAAUUCUUCGAAAUGCGAAAAGGACGAAAGGCCAAGAAACUACAAGAAUUACACAAACAGCAACAACAAGCGAAUGGCGGCAACGAGGCCUUUGAAGACAAGUAGAUAGAGCGCAGGAAAUUCGCCAAAUCAAAUGAUAUUAGAAUUAAUGGGAUAACAGCGGUGUUGAGCCGACGCUAAACAAGGAAAUGAAGUCGCUGCUCGACUGUUGUAGCUUUGAUUUAUCCCAAAAACCUCGUUAAGAAAUUAAGCUAAAUAUAAGUUAUUUUAAUUGUAUGUAUGUAAGUCAUUGCUGCCAUUCUCUUAUUUCGAAACACGCUCAAUGCUUCUUGUUUUUAGGUCUUCAUAAUAAUUUUUUUUCUAAUUUGAUA